AUGGAUAGCUUUGAAAGCGAUCCAGCAUGGCCAUUUUUACGGCAAUCCCAGGAACAGCUGCUAGCGGCAACCACGAAAAAGUUCGACUCUAAGAAGAAUAUCUGGAUUGCCGAUGCUGAAGAGGGAUUUGUUGCAGCCGAGAUCAAAUCGUCCAAGGGUGACAACCUUACCGUUGUAACUAGUAAAGGGAAUGAGAAGUCCAUCAAAAAGGAUGAGGCACAACAAAUGAAUCCGCCGAAAUUUGAGAAAACCGAGGAUAUGGCGAAUUUAACUUUUCUCAACGAUGCCUCAGUGUUACACAAUCUUCGCCAAAGAUACUUUUCUAUGAUGAUUUAUACUUACUCUGGAUUGUUCUGCGUCGUAAUCAAUCCGUACAAGAGGUUGCCAAUCUAUUCUGAAUCUGUGUGCCAGAUGUACAUGGGAAGACGUCGUAACGAGAUGCCACCGCAUCUUUUUGCCGUUUCUGAUGAAGCGUACAGAAAUAUGCAGAAUGAUCAUGAGAAUCAAUCUAUGUUGAUUACUGGAGAGUCUGGUGCAGGAAAAACAGAGAAUACGAAGAAGGUCAUUUCAUAUUUCGCGAUGGUUGGUGCAUCGCAGAGCACCAAAAAGAACAAGAAGGACAAACAAAAUGUCUCGCUAGAAGAUCAGAUUGUACAGACAAAUCCAGUUCUCGAAGCUUUUGGUAACGCCAAGACAGUACGAAAUAACAACUCGUCUCGAUUUGGAAAAUUUAUUCGAGUGCACUUCAACAAAGCCGGAAAGCUGGCUGGAGGAGAUAUCGAGCAUUAUCUGCUAGAAAAAUCGAGAGUAAUCAAACAAGCUCCUGGCGAGAGAUGCUAUCAUAUCUUCUAUCAAUUGUAUUCAGGAGCUAUCAAGGGGCUAAAG